AUGAUUGAACAUCAAGCAAUCAAUCAUUCACAUCAACCAAAACUUAAAUUAGGUAGUGAAUCAAUCAGUCAGUCAAUCAACCAAAUUAUUACAUUCAUUGCAGGUUCAUCGAACACCAAAUCGAUGGUGUCAAAAAAUAAUUACAAUGUUCACGUCAAAGAUGAAUCAAUGAGAGUCGAAGCUAGAUGUUGCCGAUUACGUCUACGUCAAGGAGAAGGACAAGACUGUCACACUCUGCAAGGUGCGUCCUGUGGUGAUCGGUGCGAAAGGUCUGAUCAUCCCGGGCGAAAAGACACAGCGAAUGAUCACUUUCAAAUCUACUCUAUCAUCUUGUGGUGUACUGAGGUCUACUAUGUGUAUGCCGGUGCCAUUCUCUUCAUCGCUACUGUUUCCGCUGGUAUCACAUUGCACGAAACCCGUAAGAAUCUGAAGCAACUCAAUGAGAUUGCACGUUACACUUGCAACGUGAAUGUGUUGCGUGGCGGUUCGACAGAGUUGGUCAACUCGAGCAGGUUGGUGCCGGGCGACAUUGUCGAGUUGCAAAACUCGCUGAUCUUGCCGUGUGAUUUCACACUGCUCAACGGUACCAUUGUAUUGAAUGAGAGUAUGUUAACGGGAGAGUCGAUUCCAGUGACAAAGUAUCCACUGACAGAGUGUGCCGGUGACAAUCUCUCUGUGAAUGGCGAGAUCAACAAGCGUUGCGCCAUCUCUGGUGGAACCAAAGUCGUCAAGACACAGUGUCUUCCGGGUGAGCGUAUCUUGGCUAUGGUAACUCGUACCGGUUGGACAACCACCAAGGGUGAGCUCGUUCUCAGUAUGUUGUAUCCAAAGGAAACCAACUUCAAGUUCUUCCAACAAUCGAUCAAAUUCUUGCUGGUUCUCUGCAGUAUUGCGUUGGUCGGAUUCAGUAUUUCCGUGUGGCGUAUGAUCAAGAAUGGAACCGAAGUGAACGAAGUCAUUGUACGUUCACUCGAUUUGAUUACCAUUGUAGUGCCUCCAGCACUGCCAAUGGCUCAGUCGGUCGGACAAGGUUUCUCGAUUCUUCGUCUCAAGGCGCAGUCGAUCUUUUGUAUCUCACCACCACGUGUCAGCAUGGGUGGAAAGAUCGAAGUGUUCUGUUUCGACAAGACCGGAACUCUUACUGAAGACGGUCUCGAUUUGAUGGGUGUUCUGCCAAGUUACUCGCAGAACUUUGGUGAAAUGGUAAAGGAUAUCGGUCGUAUGACUGGUCCGCUCUUCCUCACACUGGCAACCUGUCACACGCUCGCCUACAUCGAGGACAAGGUAUCGGGUGACCCACUGGAAGAGAAGAUUUUCGAGUCGACCAAAGCACAUCUCGACGACAACCAUCCUCACUACAAAGCAGCCAUUCGUCUGGAUGUGAAGCGUGAGACAUUCUCAGAGACAAAACACUUCCCCAUUCCAACAAACGAGAUCGAACAGUGUUUGGAGAUUGGAUUGGUCGAAAAGUUUGAGUUCCAAUCGGCUCUUCAACGUAUGAGUGUUAUUAUCAGAGGUCACGGUCUACAAGGUAAGGAUUUGGCAAUUGUCAAGGGUUCGCCAGAGAAAAUCAAGGCACUCUCUGUCGCGUCGUCGCUUCCAUCCGACUAUGAUUCAGUGCUCGACCAAUACACCAAGAAAGGUUACAGAGUUUUGGCUGCCGGUUACAAAGACUACCAGAUGCCAAACGAUCGUACCAAAGACGAGAUCAGAGACGAAGUUGAAUGCGAUCUUCACUUCCUUGGAUUCAUCAUCAUGGAGAACAAGAUCAAGCCACAGACUCCACCAGCUCUCCAAGUAUUGAAAAAGGCAAACAUCCGUUUGAUUAUGGUUACCGGUGACAACGUGCUCACCGGUGUGUCGGUAGCAAGCGAAUGCGGUUUGAUUCUCGACGAUCGUAUCAUCUUUAUGUCAGAGGUAAGCAACGGUGUUAUCAGCUGGCGUGACUGCAGCUCCAAUCCAAGCGCAAUGCCCUACAAGCUCGACCCGGUCUCACUCACAAUCGAAGGCAGCGACAACGAAGAUUUCGUACUGGCCGUCACUGGUGACGCCUGGAAGAUUCUCUACGACGACAAGGUAAAGAUCGGUCCCAACAUCACAUUCACUCGUCUCCUCCAGAAAGGACACGUCUUUGCUCGUAUGACUCCAGACCAAAAGCAAAACUUGGUCGAAGAUCUCAUCGCAGCCAAUCUCUACGUAGGUAUGUGUGGAGACGGUGCCAACGAUUGCGGUGCUUUGAAGGCUGCUCAUGUUGGAAUUUCACUGUCGUUGGCAGAGGCAUCGAUUGCCGCUCCAUUCACCUCGACCGUCACCGACGUCUCCUGUACCCACAAGUUGAUUCGUGAAGGUCGUGCCUCACUUGCCGUAUCAUUCAAACUCUUCCAAUUCAUCGGAAUGUACUCGCUUAUUCAAUUUACCACUGUCAUUCUAUUGUAUCUCAAAUCGGAUGUUCUCGGAAACUAUCAAUAUCUCUACCAAGAUUUGUGGAUGAUUUUCCCACUUGUAAUUUUCAUGGGUCGUACUGAACCAUGUAGUAAGUUAUCUGUAAAGAGACCAUCGAGUAGAUUGAUUUCACCGGCAGUCAUUGGAUCGCUAUUUGUACAUGUUGCGCUGACAGCAGGAUUCCAAUCAAUCAUCUUCGUUUUCGUUCAAAAGGAGAAAUGGUAUACACCCAGCUCUGAUGAUGGUAUUAUCAGCUACGUUGUAACCAGUUUAUUCCUCUAUGGUAACUUCCAAUAUUUAAUUAUGUGCUUUAUCUAUUCAUUCGGAAAGCCAUUCCUAAAGUUAAUGUACACAAAUAAAUUACUCUUUGGUUGGUUCCUCUUGAAUGUUGUCACUACAACAUUGUUGUUGGUCAUUCCAAACAAACCAUUAUACAAAUUCUUCCAGUUGGAGCAUGAUCUACCAGCAGGUUGGAUGAAUUGGGUGUACAAGUUGUUGAUUCUAUUGGCCAUCAACAUUGUUCUAUCUAUUGGUUUGGAGUAUCUCAUUAUUUUCAUUAAGCAACAAACCAGUGCAAAGAAUAAAAAGAACAAACAAGCCAGAGCACGUGAGCAUCUAAUCAAGAGUAUUCAAUUCGCCGAAGAUAAUAUAUAA